CUCCCUCUCUACUUCGCUUUCAAUUCUAAGCCCGUGAACACCCUCAAACUUAACGCUAUAAAAAUAGCACUUAAGCCGCUGCAGAAUAAUCAGGAUCACUCCCCAAACACAGAAUGAGCCUCUCAAUUCCCCGUAGGCGUCCUCAUCUUCUUCCUCUGUUUCUCCUGUUCAUUGCCGGUUUCUUCGAUUUGAGAGCCGCGCACGAUUACCAAGACGCAUUAUCCAAGGCGAUCCUCUUCUUCGAGGGCCAGCGUUCGGGGGUGCUGCCACAGGACCAGAGGAUGAGCUGGCGGGGCAACUCGGGUCUCAGUGACGGGUGGACCUACAAUUUUGACCUCACAGGCGGCUACUACGACGCCGGAGACAACAUCAAGUUCGGCUUUCCGAUGGCCUUCACCACCACGAUGCUGGCGUGGAGCGUGAUCGAAUUUGGGGAUAACAUGCCUCCCAGUGAGCUCAGAAACGCCUUGGCUGCCAUUCGUUGGGCCACCGAUUAUUUGCUCAAGACUGUUUCGCAGCCGAAUCGCAUUUUUGUUCAGGUGGGUGAUCCAAGCAGUGAUCACAGUUGUUGGGAGAGACCUGAAGACAUGGACACUGCCAGAACUGUUUUUGCCGUUGAUGCACCAAACCCUGCCUCUGAUGUAGCUGGCGAAACUGCGGCGGCACUGGCGGCUUCCUCCAUAGCGUUCCGGUCAUCGGACCCAGGAUAUUCUGAAACCUUGCUCAGAAAUGCGGCGAUUGCCUUCCAAUUUGCAGAUAACUACAGAGGUGCCUACAGUGACAAUGCUAAUAUUAAGGGUGGUGCCUGCCCUUAUUAUUGUGACUUCGAUGGCUAUCAGGAUGAGUUGUUAUGGGGAGCGGCAUGGCUAAGGAGGGCCACACAGGAGGAUAGUUUUCUGAAUUACAUACAAAGUAAUGGGAAAACACUCGGUGCCGAUGACAACAUCAAUGAGUUUGGUUGGGACAACAAGCAUGCUGGCCUUAAUGUUCUUGUCUCCAAGGAAGUGAUAGAAGGAAAUAUGUACUCUUUAGAAUCCUACAAGGCCUCAGCGGAGAGUUUCUUGUGCACACUAAUCCCAGAAACGUCAAGCUCCCACAUCGAAUACACUCCUGGGGGCCUCAUAUACCGUCCAGGUGGCAGCAAUCUACAACAUUCUACUUCCAUCUCUUUCCUCCAACUUGUCUACUCCAAUUACCUCUCUCGCACUUCCCAAUCCCUUAACUGUGGAAAUCUCAAUAUUUCCCCUCAAACCCUUCGCCUUGAAGCCAAAAAACAAGUCGAUUACAUUCUGGGAAAUAACCCUAUGGGAUUAUCUUACAUGGUUGGAUAUAGCAACGCUUACCCUCAACGUAUUCACCAUCGGGGCUCUUCUUUACCUUCCAUUAGGGACCAUCCUCAGUUCAUUGCCUGUAAUGAAGGUUCUGCUUUUUAUAAUUCUUCCAACCCUAACCCUAAUGUUCUUGUGGGAGCCAUUGUUGGAGGACCUGGGGAAGAUGAUAUUUACGUGGAUGAUCGGUCUGAUUUUAAAAGGUCCGAACCUACCACGUACAUAAAUGCACCGUUUGUUGGGGUGUUAGCUUACUUUGUCGCCAACCCUAGUUAAUUAAAAUAUUGACCUCGGUUAAUAUAUUAUAAUUGCACAGGUCAAGAUUUUCUUGUAAAGUAAAACGAUAUAUAUAGCCGGGCAAAAUUAGAUGUCUCUCGUCUUGAGAAGAAUGCAAGAGGGAAGAGGCUUGAUUGUGUUUGAUUUCUUGAAUUAAUGUAUUGUUUGCAUAUUUGAAUUUGAAGUCUCACAAGCAUCGCUUGUAAAAGUUUCAGCUGGUUAUGUAAUUUUAACCUUGACCAGAAAAGUUUCGAAAGAAAACUCCACUUCAUGGGGUUUGAUUCACCUUUCCAUAA